AUGGCCUCCAGGGUCGCUAAACACAACACAGACCUCGCUUGCAGUAGACGAUCCUCAAACUCUGGUGUCUCCAUCCCGGACGAGCCCCCAAAAAGUGUAACUGGUUUCAAAUGGAGAGAGUCUGGAAAAAGAAGGAGACAAAGUAAGACAAAUUUGCCACAUUUCACUGGAAGAUUUAUGAAGGGAAUAGACCCAAACAGCUUUCUGAAAACCCAUGUACAAGGAAUACUAAACCACGGGAUGGGAACAUUCGAUGUUUAUGUUGACAUCAACGAAUACUGUCAUGACUCGAACUUGGUGAUGAAUGUUAUUUUAAAGACAAUCCACAAUUCCAUUUCAAAGGAUGGAUACCUGCCACAGAGGCUGUACAUCCAAGCCGAUAAUUGUGCAAGAGAAAAUAAAAACAGAUUUGUGCUAGGGUUUUGUGAAUUGUUGGUUAGACUAUCAAUAUUUCAUGAGGUGCAUUUGUCCUUCCACCAUGUUGGACACACCCAUGAAGAUAUUAAUGCAGCAUUUUCACAUUUAGCCAUGCGACUGAGAAGAUGUGAAACCGAGACUAUGCCAAAACUCUUAAAUAUCUUAAAUGGGGCCAAACAAUCAAGAGGCCUUUUUGAUAUAAAAUCAUGGCUGCAACCACAUUUACGUGAAAUCAAGCAUCAUUCUCAACCACUUCUUUUUAAAUUCAGUAGAAAUGAGACCCAAAAAAUCACAAUGCAGUACAGGACCAACAGCAAUAGGACAUGGAAAACAACUGGAGAAGAAGGAAUAUUUAAUGGCAUUUCACUCGAUGAACCUCGUAUUCUUCUGCCAAGCAAUUUCCAAGCAGACAGACUCACCAAACAGAAACAACAUUCAGAAACACCAGUAUAUAACAUGUCAGAUGAAGGACAGUUUAGAUGGUGGAUAUCCUACUUACAAUAUCUACAGGUAGUCAAAGAUGAUGAGCAUUCACUAAAUGACUAUGCUCUGGAAGGAGCCAUUUGGCUAUUGCCACAGUUGGAGGGCAAACAAAGAAAAUCUGAAGAGGUUUUAGUAGAGAUCAACCGCCAUCGUCUUGAAAUGGUACACAAGGAAUUAGACGAUUAUAAGAUACUAUUCUGUGUUAUCAUGUCAAAGGGGAAGAGAGAGGACAAGAAAAAAAACAUCGGGAGGAAAGGAAGAUCUGACAUAAAAGAUAAAGACAGUUCUUGA